AGCACAAGCCGGGCCGACGGUUUUGUGAGUCGUAAGCGCGGAUUUCAACAUCCACCCUCGCCGUCGGCGUCGGCGUCGGCGUCGGCGUCGUCGACGGAGACGGAAACCGAUUCAGCGUUGUCGUUUGAAGCGCGUCGACGUCGGCUGUUGCGUGGACUGGCGGCGUCGGAUCCGCUCUUCACGAAAGAAUGGUACAUUCACAACACGGGCCAAGCCGAGGGCACGCCGGGCCUCGACCUGAACGUCGUCUCGGCGUGGGCGUUGAACGUGACGGGUCGCGGAGUGAUCACGGCCAUCAUGGACGACGGCGUGGACUAUCUCCACGCCGACCUGGCGCCCAACUACGCGUCGGAGGCCAGCUACGACUUCUCCGGCAACGACGCGUUUCCGUACCCGCGCUACACCGACGACUGGUUCAACAGCCACGGGACUCGGUGCGCCGGCGAGGUGGCCGCCGUGGCCGGCAACGGCGUGUGCGGCGUCGGCGUGGCACCGGGCUCGCGGGUUGCCGGGUUGCGCAUGCUUGAUCAGCCUUACAUGACGGAUCUGAUCGAGGCGGCGGCGAUGGCACAUGCUCGUCACCUCGUCGACAUCUACUCGGCCAGCUGGGGCCCCACGGACGACGGACGCACCGUCGACGGGCCGCGCAACCAGACGAUGCGCGCUCUCGUCGACGGCGUCAACGAGGGGAGGGGGGGACGCGGCGCGCUGUACGUGUGGGCGUCGGGCGACGGCGGCGUCAACGACGACUGCAAUUGCGACGGCUACGCGGCCAGCAUGUGGACGAUCAGCAUCAACUCGGCCACCAACGACGGACAGACGGCCAGCUACGACGAGUCGUGCGCCUCCACUCUCGCCUCCACCUUCUCCAACGGCAAGGCUGGCUUACGUCGCGACGCAGGCGUCGGCACGGUCGAUCUGUAUGGCAACUGUACGCUGCACCAUUCGGGCACUUCGGCCGCGGCGCCGGAAGCCGCGGGAGUGUUCGCGUUGGCGUUGGAGGCGAACGGCGAGUUGACGUGGCGCGAUGUGCAACAUCUGACCGUGUUGACGUCGAAGCGCAAUCGACUCAACGAUCGCCAACGCAACCACAACUGGACCGUGAAUGGCGCCGGCCUCGAGUUCAAUCAUCUCUUCGGCUACGGCGUCCUCGAUGCCGGCGACAUGGUGCGUGUUGCUAUGCACUGGAAGACUGUGCCGGAACGGUUCCAUUGCAUCGCGGGCACCUUCAAAGGCCGCAGGGUGGUGAGCAUCGGCAGGCCGCUGCAAUUGGACAUCACCACUGACGCCUGCAAGGACAUGCCCGACGACCAGGCAAGUCGUCUUCACUCUACCAAGAACAGACAAACAUACAAACAGACAAACAGACACACGUACAAGACACAAAUAAAAGCACACGCAUGCACG